AUGAGCUCAAUUAAUAUUUCUUUCUUUCAUUAAAUUGCAUAUAUUAACGCAUGGGAAUAUGGGAAGAGUCUAUCCUUACCCAGAAAUGGGAUGGAGCUCCAUUCAAAGUUAGUGUAUUCAUGAUUAAUGUAAUGUGAAUAUGACAUUAACACGACCAAGCUCUAUAGUGUUUGAAUAUAGUAUAUUUAAUACNUGUCUAGAUAAGUGAGUAUUGAAGAUUAGAAAAAUGAAGUCAAAUAAAUUGAAGAAGUUAAACCUAAAAUAGCUGUCACUAAAAUAAAAUCGGUUUCCUUUGCUAGAACUUUUAUUAAACGAGUACGUGGUUCAUCUUUUUUUAGAUAGGAAAGUCAAAAGGAAAUAAAAUAAAUCAAAAAUCAAGAUAACAAUUCUGAUUCAAAUCAGGUGGAUAACCAAUAUUAAGCACAAUAACAAGUGGGUGAAAUCAAUAGUUGUUGCUUAUAAGAGGAUUAAUAAAAUGGUAUCGAUUGGGAAAAUAAUGAUGAUAGAAUAACCCAAUAAGACACUAUUAAAUAAUAAAUUAAAUCUGUUAAAGAAACCAAACAAAUUGUUGAAAAGAGAAAACUAUAAGAGAAAUCAACUCCAUAGUUCAAAUAAAAAUUAUAAAAUGAAAAUAAGAAAUUAAGUUAAAUCAGUAAUAGUUCUCAAGACCAGAAGACUUAGUAAAUUCACUAUCAGUCUGAUGAAUACUAGGAAUAGUAUAAUAACAAAUCUGCCAAUUUAGCCAUUGACAAAUAGAUUCUAUUUAAAAUCCAAUUAUUAGUUUACUUUGGAAUUAUUUUUGAAAUCUUAUUUGGAGGUCUGAGUAUUACUGUCCUAGUAACUGAUUUAAUAAGAGAUCCAGUGGGUCAACUUAUAUAUUUGUAUGGAUCAUCAACACUGCAAUUUUUUUCUUUGAUUACAGUUCUCAAACUAUUUCAUGAUAUCAAGAGGUAAGAAAUAAAGAAUCUAAUUUGGAUUUAGAAAGUAGGCAGCAAAAAAAAUAAAAUUAAUCAAGACUUUAUCUUCACCAUUCCAGAAGAUUAAAAAGAUGAUGAAUAAAAAGUAAAAUUAGAAUAGAGGAUCAAUAUGAUUACUCUAUAUUGA